AUGUGGAAAACAAGAAUUCUUGCCGAUGGUAAAAAUGAAGUUAAUGGGUUUAUAUUGGUAAAGGUUCAAAAGUAUAUCGAUCAUCUUCAAGAAACUAUGUUAAACGUGACCGGGUUCUGUGACUAUGUGAAGACAAAGAACCCAUUCACACACAUGGAGUAUCUCAAAGCAUACACAAGGGUUAACUUUUUUGAAAGGCGUGUCAAAGAAUACAGUACUAUCCAUGAUAUCGAAUAUAAUGAUAG